UACUGACAGCUCCUGCAACCUCUCGUUGUCUAUCGGAACCCGUCCCUACCAGAAGUCCCGACAUGGCGCGCCCGCCUCCGGUCUCCGGGCCAAUGCGGCGCGGGGGCGGGGAUUGUUUACGUCUCGGGCGGAGCGGAAAGUGGGUCACUGCAGCGGGAGCAGGAUGGCCGCAGGUCCUCUUCACCAUGGCCAGGCGCCCUCGGAGCAGCAGGGCGUGGCAUUUUGUCCUCAGUGCAGCCCGACGAGAUGCGGAUGCCCGGGCUGUGAGUCUGGCAGGCACCCCUAAUUGGGACUACGACUCUGAUGGGCAGCACAGUGACUCAGAUUCUGACCCAGAGUACUCUUCUCUGCCGCCAUCCAUCCCCAGUGCUGUGCCUGUGACCGGGGAGUCCUUCUGUGACUGCGAGGGCCAGAGCGAGGCUGCUUUCUGUAGCAGUCUGCACACGGCCCACCUUGGCAAGGACUGCCGCUGUGGGGAGGAUGACGAGUAUUUUGACUGGGUCUGGGAUGACCUAAAUAAGUCAUCAGCAACCCUGCUUAGCUGUGAUAACCGCAAGGUCAGCUUCCACAUGGAGUACAGCUGUGGUACUGCAGCUAUCCGGGGAACCAAGGAGCUGGGGGAUGGCCAACACUUUUGGGAGAUUAAGAUGACCUCACCUGUCUACGGCACCGACAUGAUGGUGGGCAUCGGGACAUCAGAUGUGGACCUGGACAAGUAUCAGCACACGUUCUGCAGCCUGCUCGGCAGGGAUGAGGACAGCUGGGGCCUGUCCUACACAGGGCUUCUCCAUCACAAAGGUGACAAGACAAGUUUUUCCUCGCGGUUCGGCCAGGGCUCCAUCAUUGGUGUGCACCUGGACACCUGGCACGGGACACUGACCUUCUUCAAGAACAGGAAGUGCAUAGGGGUGGCAGCGACCCGGCUACAGAACAAGAAGUUCUACCCAAUGGUGUGCUCCACAGCAGCCAAGAGCAGUAUGAAGGUCAUCCGUUCCUGCGCCAGCAUGACCUCCUUGCAGUACCUAUGCUGCUACCGCCUGCGCCAGCUGCGACCAGACUCGGGGGACACCCUUGAGGGCCUGCCCCUGCCACCGGGCCUGAAGCAGGCACUACACAACAAACUGGGCUGGGUCCUGAACAUGAACUGCAGCCACCUUAAGCCUGCUGUGUCCUCACCCAGGGUGGUGGACCUGACCAGCCCCAACAGCCCAGAGACCAGGCCCUGCCAGAGAAAGCGCUGUCGACGGACCUGACUUAUUUCUCGAUGAAGACUGCCUUCUCCACCUGUGACUGGCAUUCUCUCCACCCCUGCCCUCCAGCUACUCAACAGGCAGGAAAGAGGAAAGCUGGGCUGAAAUCCAUCUGGAUUUGUCCAUCUCCCCAAAGCCAGGACAGUCUUUCUGCAGGAGGUCCAGGGCCCAGGCUGUCGAGUCCACUUAGCUGCCCGUGUUGGGCAGGGUAGAAGCCAUACCUGUGCUCUCAGCAUCUUCCUCUUGAAUGCCCUGGGGGAAGCAGCCUGAGCACCUCUGGACCCAGACUGUGGGCCUGGGAGGCUGGGGUGGGCCAGGGUGCAGGCGUCCACUGCCCUGGGGACAAGAAGGGUUCUGCUGGGGCUCAGUUUUUUUGGUUCCUGCCAGACCUGGAUUUUUUUUAGCUCGCUUUGCAUGUUAUCAGCUGCUGCUCCUGUCACAGAGACUUUAAUAACUGUAACAAAUGCCCACACAGCUGUAAGAUUAAAGAAAGAGUCCACCU